AUGGCUACGAUCCCAGUCACAACAUGCAAUAAGGAGGGCGUAGAAAAAGAACAUAUGGAGUCUCGCCACAACCUGCCACAAAGGGAGAGAAAACGAAUUCGUCAUCAAACGUCAUUUUCACGAGAUGCUUCACUACCACCUGACCUAUUAGCUAAUCUAAUUUCGUUCCGCAUGAAGAAACCUACAUCAAUCGCCACCAUGGAGAAGAACGUUGGAGUUCCAGCACCCCUUCCCAAGACCAAGGCAAUGGUCAUGAAGACCACUCGUCCGGAUAAGCUGGAGCCUCUAACGAAGCCAGCGGCUAGCUCAGAAUCUGUCACAAUAUCAUCGGAAAGAUCGCGCAAGCGAUCUGCCUCCUCAUCGUUGUGGUCUGAGGAUCUCCUUCAAGAAGAACCGUGCAUCUGGGACCAUGAUGAAGGAACUACUCCAACAAGGAAGCAGAAUCCUCUCACACGCGGCAAGCAAACAGUCUCGGCACCAUCAUCUCCCGAAGCAAUGGAGCAACUGCACGAACAAGAGCAGAUUAUAGAAGCAUUCCAUGAACAGAACGUGAAAAUGCAUCACGCGAAUGAAGCAAAGAUAGAAAAACUCGAUUUGAAAAAGAAUAACCUAAUAGCUCAACGGGAGCUUCAGACGAUCCCGAAUGAAACACAUGAAGUCAUCGCUUUGAUUGAGAAGGAACGGCAAAAGGAUCGAAGCACUGCAGCUCUCAACGACUUGAAGGUGAAACGGCGCCCCCUCCAGUCAAAGGAUCCGAGAUUGGAACAGAGAAUGGAAGACCUCGAACGACAUGAAAGGGAAAAGACCGGAAGCUUUACUCGCUCGAGGAUACGUGGUAACAUGCAGCAGAAACGAAAGGAUGAAGACAUCAACAUAGAAAAGGAAUGUGACCACGACAGGAGAUACGAUAGGAGAAGACGAGAUGGACGCGAAUCUAGACAUCGACGGAAUUCUUCACACGAUCACGAUAACAAUUACUCCAACAAACAGUGGCGGAGAGUAUAG